UAUCAUGACAUUUUAAUCCAAAGUUAAUUAUUCCACCUGUUGUGGGAAUCAUUUUUAAUAAUAUUUGCUUGAUAGCCCACUUGUGGCAUUUGCUAACACUGCUUUCUUGAGUUUAACUCCUAACAGCUCUAGCUUCUCCCUGUCGCCUGCUCUCUCUCUUUACUCCAAAGUGAGUGGAUCAGCUGUCCUAGUGCAAUGGACCCGUCCAGCCCAAAGACCCCCGCUUCACGCGCUGUGCCCCAAGAGAGGGGCAUCAUCAGUGGAGACAACAUUCAGUUUGGGCGCGUGAAGAGGCGCUCCCGGCUUUCACAGUCUGAGAGCUCUGGGCCUGAGGAGGAAGCUGGUUCUUACGGCCGCAGCCCUGCGCUCCAGGGCCUCCAGGCUGAGCAGGUGUGGUACAACCGCAAUGCCUAUGACCAGGCGGAGGGCAACUACCACCGCCAACGUACCUCUAGCGGCAAUGGGCCAAUGAGUUCCUCCCCACGCAGUCCCAACGUCCGGUCUUUCCACGCCAAGCGCAACCAAAACCAAGACCCCAACCACCCGUCCCCCAUCAUGGUGAGGUCCUCUGGGACCCGGCAGGACAACAAGGGCCGCAUCCGCACCUCAUCAGAGACCGAGUCUGGAACCAGAGGCAGUAGAGGGCCUGCCCCUCGCAAGCGGGGCUUCUCUGAGACCGAAAACAAGCCCAGACGGGACAAUAUCAUCAUGAGCGGACUGCAGUGCCUCACAGCUGACAACAUCUGGUUUGACAAACACCGCUACGAUGAUGCUGAGAGACGCUAUUACGAGUCUCUGAGCGGCCAUGCCCCUCAGCACCAACAGCAGGCUAAAUCUGCCCUGCAGCAGGUCAAAGGGAAGCCCAAACGGCAGCACAGGAACUCUUCCUCACAGGGUGCAGACCAGGAGCUCAUCUCCCGCAUGAAGAGUCUAGAGGUGGAGAACCAGUCACUGCACAAAGUUGUUCACGACUUGAGAGCAGCUCUACAGAAGCUGGAGUCCAGAGUGGCUACGCUGGAGAAGAGCCCAGCUGCUGUUCCAUGUGCCAAGGCGGCCCCAGUUCAGGCAGCUCCUGUGCAGCAGAAGAAGGUGGAGAAUGGAGCCAAGGCCGUAGAUGAGGAUGAUGAUGAGGACCUGGACCUGUUCGGCAGCGACGAAGAUGAUGAGGAAGCAGAGCGCAUCAAACAGGAGCGAGUGGACGCUUACGCUGCCAAGAAGUCCAAGAAACCUGCUCUCAUCGCAAAGUCCUCCAUCAUCCUGGACGUCAAGCCUUGGGACGAUGAAACAGACAUGUCAGAGAUGGAGAAGUGCGUGCGCUCUAUAGAGAUGGAUGGGCUCCUGUGGGGCGCGUCCAAACUGGUCCCAGUCGGCUACGGCAUCAAGAAACUGCAGAUCAACUGUGUGGUGGAGGAUGAUAAAGUGGGCACAGACAUCCUAGAGGAGGAGAUCACCAAGUUUGAAGACUAUGUCCAGAGUGUAGAUGUCGCUGCCUUCAACAAGAUCUAAAGUCCAUCCACUGUUCAGUUUGCACGGUUUAAUAAAAUACUAUGCAAUGAACACAA